CGCGGCCGGGGCGGGCCGGCGGUGCCGGGAGCUGUAGUUCCCCGGUCCGGCCCGGCCAUGCAGGUCCCGGCGGCCGCGGAGCGCAACAAGGGCCCGAUCCUGGCGGCGCUGCGGGAGUGCGCGGGGCCGGGCGCGCUGCGGGUGCUGGAGGUGGCCGCGGGCUCGGGGCUGCACGCCGCGCACUUCGCCCGGGCGCUGCCGCGGGCGCGCUGGCAGCCCUCGGACAUCGACCCGCGGGCGCUGCGCAGGUGCUUCCAGUUCUCCAUCUGCAGCUGGAAGCAAAGGGCUGGGCAGAGAGCCCCAGGCUGUGCUGCCCCCACAUCCACGGGGAAUAACAGUUACUGCAUCGCUGCCUACGUGGAGGCCACGGGACUGCCCAACCUGCUGCCCCCCAUCCUGCUGGACGUGUCCCAGGGCUGGGAGACCUGGGGGGGCACCCAGCCCGGCACCCUCGACCUCCUGGUCAGCAUCAACAUGAUGCACAUCGCAGAGCUGCGGUGCACCGAGGGCCUGUUCAGGGGUGCCGGGGUGCUGCUGAAACCCGGAGGAGUGCUCUUCACCUAUGGGCCCUACGCCGUGGACGGCCAGAUCAGCCCCCAGAGCAAUGUGGACUUUGACCGCAGCCUGAGGCAGAGCAAUCCCGCCUGGGGGCUGCGGGACACGGCGCUGCUGCGGGAGCUGGCCCGGGCCAACGGGCUGUGCCUGGAGAGGAUGGUGGACAUGCCGGCCAACAACAAGAGCCUGAUCUUCCGCAAGCUGUAGCCGGCCCUGCCAGCGCUGCCAGCGCCUCCCGGCACUGCUGUCCCCACCGAUGUCUCCUGCAGGGGUGGCACUGUCCCACCAUGGCUGCCGCUGGGGCUGGGGACAGCAGUGAUGGGACAGACUCACCCCAGCUGGGGGGGUCCAUCUCCCCUGGUGCCUUCGGGGGCCCCUUUGCAGUGGGGAGCCGGGACCAGCCUGGACCAGGAGGCAGUUCAGCUGCCACGGGGGGGACACAACACUUCUGGGCAUCAGGGAGACCCCUUGCUCCAUUUCCUGUGUUGAUGAUGUUGCCCUUCCCCUCCCCAGGAUUGUGCUGCUGCCCCCCAAUAAACCCUGUGGCUUUGCCCUCCA